CCCACGCCUUCCCGCUGCAGAGUUAUGCCAAGUAUGUGAGGAGACGGCGAGGGCCAACGCUGGUCAUGGGGAGCUGCGGCUGCUGCUGCCGUCUCCGCAAGCGCAGCUUUCACAGCAGGGCUCCGACUUCUCCCCACCGGGGUGCUGGGCUCCGCAGCUGAGGCGGAGGGGGAUGGCGGACCCUCUGAGGAGGACUCUGUCCAGGCUCCGAGGAAAACGGGGUUGCCUCGGCGCCGGAGGGCUGGGGCUCCGAGCGGCCGCCGAGGGGGACGCCUGGGGUGUCCCGGACUCACUCCCAGGCGAGCACCUAGGCGGAGCGGGGCCUCGCCUGGACCAGCUCCCGCCGUCGCCUGAGGCGCGGGUCCCCGAAGGGCUACGGGAGCGGUCGGGGGCGCUCGGGCCUCGGCCGUACGCCUGGCAGCAGGCCGCCCCCCGGGGCCGCGAGCUCCUUCGCGCCUCUCUGCACGCCCGGCCGGGUUCCGAGGGCAGCGGAGAGGAGGCGGAGGACGAGGACGACUACCACACCGACUACUACGAGAACCUGCCCGGCGGCUCCCGGCCCGCGCCCGAGCCCGAGGGGGCGGAGGCGGAGCGACGGCCCCCGCCUCCCCUGGCGGCGGGCUCCUCCCCGGGGGCGGAGGGCGGCCGCCGGGAGACCGGCAGGCUGCAGACCCAGUUGCGAGAGGCCUAUUAUCUGCUGAUCCGGGCCAUGCACGACCUGCCCCCGGACUCGGGCACGCGGCGGGGCGGCGGGGACUUGGCGGGUUGCGGCUGCCCCGCGGGAGCCCGGGCUCCGGGCCAGCCACCUCACCCCCGCGGCGGUACUGGCGGCGGAGCUUGCGCUCCAGUCUGGGAGCUGGGAGAAGGCGACUGCCCUGGGCAGCAGGUGUCCCCGCCCGGAUCGCCUCGGAGGGAACUGGGGGGAGACCAGCUGCAGACUCGUCGGAUGCGGCUGCCCUGCAGCAGGAGCCUCGAGAGCCUCCCGGUGGGUGCGAGGCCGCCUCCCCUUCAGCGGUGGCCGAGCGAUAGCUGGAUCAGGUGCGGCUCACGGCGGGACCCAGACGAGCCCUCGCCACGUGGAGGCAGGAUGGACGGCUGGAGCCCGGGCAGCGCAGGGGCCGCCGCGGCGCCCCCGGGACUCUUGCCGCCCUGCUCCCAGAACUCCGGCCGCCCUUCGGGAAGCCCUUUGAGCGAGCCUGCGGGGUCCUCAGUGAUGCGCGGCGGCCAAGGAGACCUCCCGGAGGGACCCCCUUGCCUCAAGCCGCCCGCGGUAACAGUGAAGAAACUGCAGAAGUGGAUGUACAAAGGACGCCUGCUGUCCCUGGGGAUGAAGGGUCGUGCCCGUACUGGGACACCUUCCAAAGUCGCGGGAGCGCAGGCGGCCGCUGCGAACCGGGGCGCUUUGAAAGUGUGCGACAACCACGUCCUUUCGGUAUCUCCGGACCAAAGAAUAACGCUGACAGAUUUGCUUGAAAAUGUUUAUGGGUCUUCAGUAAAGAGAAGGGAACUUGAAGAUCUGAAGGAUAAUAUUGAGUUCAGUGGUCAUAAGCCACUUAACAACAUCACUGUUUCAAAGAAACGCAAUUGGCUAUAUCAGAGUACCCUGAGAUCUCUGGAGGAAGAAAGUAAGAAAUGCCAAGAGAGAAGUCAUUUACCCAUCUCACCUGUCACUCCACCUAAACAUCAACUAUCUCAGCCUCUCCUCAAAACAUCGGAAGAAUACUGUACAUAUAUGAUGUGUAAUACUACGGAGCCUGCCUUAUCAAGAAACUGUUCUUUAGAUUGUAAUGAGGAAAAUGAUGCAGAUGAUGAAGGAGAAAUAUGGUACAACCCCAUUCCUGAGGAUGACGACCUCAGUAUGUCGAGUGCCUUGAGCUUUGGUGAGCCACACUCAGCUGGUCAGAAGCUUCCGGCCGUCAGUUGGAGCACAGUAUCUGGCAGUGCUCAUCCUGAAGACGCAUCUCACUCCUCUGAACACACAGGUGACGCACACACUGUGCAGUCAAGUGAAAUGCAUCCUAUGGAUCCCAUCCAUCCUACAGAAUUUGGACAGCAGUGCAAGCCAAAGCUAGGACACAAGACACAAGAAAGUGUGCUGUUAGAGGGUAGUCCUACAUCAAAAUCUCUUUUUUCAGGUCCUGGUAUCCUAGCUGCUACAAAUAGGACUGAAUUGGGAAUUACAGAACCAUCUUCUCCAAGCCCUAGCCCUGUAAAGAAAAGCAGUUCAAUUAAUUGGUCUUUACCAGAUAAAAUAAAAUCUCCACGGACUGUGAGGAAACUUUCUAUGAAAAUGAAAAAGUUGCCAGAAUUUAGCCGAAAACUGAGUGUUAGGGGAACCUUGAAUUAUGUAAAUGGUCCAGAUAAUACUGCUUCCUUGUCCAAAUGUAACUGUCAAGAAAUUCAUCACACUGUUAUUCUGCCUUCUGGGAAUACAACCACAGUUGCAAAGAGAAAUGUUAUAAGCCGGUACCAUCUUGAUACCAGUGUAACUUCUCAGCACAGCUACCAGAAGAAAAGCGUUGUGAGUUCUAAGUAUUCCUGCAAAGGUGGUUACCUCAGUGAUGGAGACUCACCUGAACUUGUAACUAAAUCUAGCAAGCAUGGCUCUGAAAAUAAAUUUGGAAAAGGAAGAGAAAUAAUUCCAACUACUUGUAACAAAAAUGAAAUAGACAUUGAUGCUUUUCGGCAUUACAGUUUUUCUGAUCAGCCAAAGUGUUCGCAGUAUAUAUCUGGCCUCAUGAGUGUGCAUUUCUAUGGUGCUGAGGAUUUAAAACCCCCCAGGGUAGACUCAAAAGAUGUCUUUUGUGCAAUUCAGGUAGAUUCAGUGAACAAGGCAAGAACAGCUUUACUCACAUGUCGAACAACAUUUUUAGACAUGGAUCACACUUUCAACAUAGAAAUUGAAAAUGCACAGCAUUUGAAACUAGUGGUAUUUAGUUGGGAACCUACUCCAAGAAGAAACCGAGUGUGUUGCCAUGGAACUGUUGUCCUGCCCACCUUAUUCAGAGUGACAAAGACACAUCAAUUGGCAGUUAAAUUGGAACCUAGAGGUCUUAUUUAUGUGAAAGUGACUCUUAUGGAACAAUGGGAGAAUUCUCUUCAUGGACUGGAUCAGAACCGAGAAUCAGUAAUAUUUGGUGUUGAUAUUCGAAAAGUUGUGGAAAAAGAGAAUGUAGGACUGAUGGUGCCACUUCUGAUACAGAAAUGUAUCAUGGAAAUUGAAAAGAGGGGCUGUCAGGUAGUAGGCCUGUAUCGGUUAUGUGGUUCGGCAGCAGUCAAGAAAGAACUUCGAGAGGCUUUUGAGAGGGAUAGCAAAGCUGUUGGUUUGUGUGAAAAAGAGUACCCAGAUAUAAAUGUAAUAACAGGUGUUCUUAAGGAUUACCUUAGAGAACUUCCUUCUCCUCUGAUAACAAAGCAGCUUUAUGAGGCUGUGUUAGAAGCAAUGGCAAAAAGCCCUUUGAAAAUGUCAUCGAACGGUUGUGAGAAUGACCCAAGUGACUCUAAGUACACUGUAGACCUACUGGAUUACCUGCCAGAUGUUGAGAAGGCAACCCUAAAGAUGUUGUUGGAUCAUUUGAAACUUGUGGCUUCUUUCCAUGAAGUGAAUAAAAUGACCUGCCAGAAUUUGGCGGUGUGCUUCGGACCAGUGUUGUUAAGUCAGAGGCAAGAGACUUCCACCCAUAACAAUAGAAUCUUUACUGAUUCAGAAGAACUUGCAAGUGCUUUGGAUUUUAAAAAACAUAUUGAAGUUCUUCAUUAUUUACUACAGCUUUGGCCAGUGCAACGUUUAACUGCCAAAGAAUCAACAGACAAUUUGUUCGCUGAGCAGACGUCUUCUCUGCGUUAUUUGAGGCGGAAGAAAGAGCGACCUUACAUGUUAAAUCUGAGUGGAACUGAAUCGCUGGGAGUCCUCAGGCCAAGGCAAACCAGAUUAGACAGUCCGCUUAGCAAUCGUUAUGCAGGAGACUGGAGUAGCUGUGGAGAAAACUAUUUUUUAAAUACAAAGGAAAAUUCAAGUGAUGCAGAUUAUGAUCAUGUGCCUUCAGAUUACAGGGAAAAUGCAGAAGACUAUGGCAAAACGAAUGGACCUGAGAUAAUGAUUGAACAGCCGGUUUCCAUGUCCAAAGAGUGUGCAUUUCAGACGUAUUUGACAGUACAGACCAUUGAGUCCACAGUGGAGCGAAAAGCCAACCUCAAAGAUCUACAAGAAAGCAUUGAUAUUUUGAUUGGCAAUCUGGAACGUGAACUCAACAAGAACAAACUUAAUAUAAGUGUUUGAGAUUGAUGGGGUUUUAUUUAUUUAUUUUUUAAAUAAUAUCUUUAAAAUUUAUAUCAGUCUUUAUUUUGUUAAACCUCCUCAGUGAUUUUUUUUUUACUCAUGAAACCUUCUGUUAAUUUCUACAUUAAUGUGAUUUAAUUUAAAAAAACUAGUAGCUGAUGUGAUUUUUAUGGUAUCAGGAAAUUGUUCCGGGGAUAAAGAUAACAUGGGUAUUUUAAUAAAUCUUGCCAACUCUAUGGAGCUAAGUUUCAAAUGUACUUAAAAGGUUUGCAUAAGUCAUCGGCUCAUCCAGGUUUUUGUUCCUGCUAGGAACUGCUUGUACUUAGCUGAAGCCUGAUCCGCUCAGUGCAGCUGCUCCAUCUGACUUGAGAUCUGAGUCAGUGUCAGCAUCAUUUGGUCACAUUUCAUUUGCAAUGAAAAUGCUGCUAUGAGAAAAUAUGUUUAUAAAUAAGCGUGAAAUUACGCACAUAUUUAAUGUAUCCUGUAUUGACAUUCAGUAAUUAUUUAAGCUUAUAAAAUAAAUAUUUUUAUAAUCCUGAAAAUAUGUAUGUAUCUCC